UUGAAACCCAACAAGACGCACAUGGAAAUGAAUUUGAAACUGCCACGUUGACUUGUUAAACCCACCUCGCGCCUGGUGGAUGUGGAGAUGAAGGUGGAGAACAACACAGAAAAAAGGAAAGGGGUUUGUUUUCUCCUUCGCUUGAACCCUUGUUAUAAUCGCUAAGAUCUCACUCGAAUUACUAGCUGGCAUUCUUUGAUCUCGUCGAUUUCGCAUCUGGGUUUGCUUCCAUUUUUGAUUUCGUGUAGAAAUCUCGUGAUUUUAAGGAUUUGUCUCUUGAUCUUGGCGUUCUUCUAACUCUAACACACACUUACUCACAACUCUGUCCUUUGAAUUAUACUUCUGGUUCACAUAUCUAAAACCCCAAGGCUCUUUCUGGAUGUACUUUCUCCAACUGUUGUAAAAAACCUUACAAAAUGGCUCAUGGUAGAAUACGCGCAAAGAUAAAAAGAAGCAGUCUAUACACAUUCGGAUGCCUACGCCCCCCUCAAGAAGCACCAGAUGAGCCUCACCAGUUUCGUGGGCCCGGUUUUUCUAGACAAGUAUGUUGUAACCAGCCUCAAAUACACCAAAAGAAACCCCUCAAAUACUGCUCAAAUUACAUCUCAACCACAAAAUACAAUGUCAUCACCUUCUUACCAAAAGCCCUAUUUGAACAAUUUCGUCGUGUAGCCAACGUAUACUUUCUUCUAGCUGCAGCUCUAUCACUCACACCCGUGUCACCAUUCUCACCCUACAGCAUGAUUGCACCAUUAGCAUUUGUAAUCGGGCUAAGUAUGGCUAAAGAAGCUGUUGAAAAUUGGCAUAGGUUCAUGCAGGACAUGAAGGUCAAUAUGAGGAAAGUCAACGUUCAUAGUGGUGAGGGUGUCUUUGCUUUAAAACCAUGGAUGAACAUUCGUGUUGGAGAUGUUGUAAAAGUUGAAAAAGAUCAGUUUUUUCCUUCGGAUUUACUUUUACUAUCUUCUAGUUAUGAGGAUGGGAUUUGUUACGUUGAAACUAUGAAUUUAGAUGGGGAGACGAAUUUGAAAGUUAAAAGAUCUUUAGAAGUGACAUUAAGUCUAGAUGAUGAUGCAAGUUUCAAAGAUUUCAGGGGGACAAUCAAAUGUGAAGACCCAAAUCCAAAUCUUUACACUUUUGUUGGGAAUCUUGAAUACGAAAGACAAAUUUACCCUCUCGAUCCUAGUCAGAUUUUACUCCGUGACUCAAAGCUUCGUAACACGGGUCAUGUAUACGGGGUUGUGAUAUUUUCAGGACACGAUAGCAAAGUUAUGCAAAACGCGACGAAAUCGCCCUCGAAAAGAAGCACAAUCGAAAAACAAAUGGACAAGAUUAUAUAUGUCCUUUUUACCCUUCUUGUUUUGAUUUCUUUAAUAAGUUCAACGGGUUUUGCUAUCAAAACAAAAACACAAAUGCCAAGCUGGUGGUACUUACAAGCACCCGAUGAAGAAGGGUUAUUCGAUCCGAAUCAUGCAGCUGCUUCGGGUUUCUAUCAUCUUGUCACAGCAUUGAUUCUAUACGGGUAUUUGAUUCCAAUUUCACUUUAUGUUUCCAUAGAGCUUGUGAAGGUUUUGCAAGCUUUGUUUAUCAAUCAAGAUAUACACAUGUAUGAUGAAGAAACCGGGACCCCUGCUCAAGCAAGAACAUCGAAUUUGAAUGAGGAGUUGGGAAUGGUGGACACGAUUUUAUCGGAUAAAACCGGGACGCUGACGUGUAAUCAAAUGGAUUUUUUGAAGUGUUCGAUUGGUGGGACCGGUUAUGGGAUGAGGUCUAGUGAAGUUGAGCUGGCGGCUGCUAGCCAGAUGGCGAUGGAUCUUGAAGGAAACGGUCAAACCGGAGGUCAAAACGGGUCGGAAAUCGAGAUGGAAACUACUACUACACCUAAAGAACAAAGCUCUCAAAUGUGUAUAAAAGGGUUUAGCUUUGAGGAUAGUCGUCUCAUGAAUGGGAAUUGGUUGAGAGAACCCAAUUCCGAAGUUCUUUUGUUGUUUUUCCGGAUUCUUGCUCUUUGUCACACUGCGAUUCCGGAGUUGAAUGAGGAAACUGGGAGUUAUAGCUAUGAAGCGGAAUCACCGGAUGAAGGGGCUUUUCUUGUUGCUGCAAGAGAGUUUGGAUUUGAAUUUUGUAAAAGAACUCAGUCUAGUAUAUUUGUUCGUGAGAGGUAUCAAUCUUCUCAAGAACCUAUUGAAAGAGAGUUCAAACUUUUGAAUCUUUUGGAUUUUACAAGCAAAAGAAAACGGAUGUCGGUUAUUGUUCAGGAUGAGACUGGAGAGAUUUUUUUACUAUGUAAAGGCGCAGAUAGUAUUAUAUUUGAUCGAUUAUCGAAAAAUGGAAGAACAUUUGAGGAGGCAACCACAAAGCAUUUAAAUGAUUAUGGAGAAGCGGGAUUAAGAACACUAGCACUUGCCUACAAAACAAUUGAAAAAUCUGAAUAUUUAGCAUGGAAUGAUGAAUUUAUGAAAGCAAAAACUUCAAUUGGAGGUGAUAGGGAUGCGAUGCUUGAACUUGUGUCUGACAUGAUGGAAAAAGAUUUAAUUCUUGUUGGUGCAACUGCUGUGGAGGAUAAACUGCAGCCAGGGGUGCCUCAAUGUAUCGAUAAAUUGGCACAAGCAGGACUUAAGCUGUGGGUUCUAACAGGCGAUAAAAUGGAAACUGCAAUCAACAUAGGGUUUGCAUGCAGUUUGCUUCGGCAGGGGAUGAGGCAGAUAUGCAUAUCGAUGAAUGUCGACAUGUUUAGCCAAGAUUCCAAGAAGGCUGUGAAGGAUAACAUUGCAACACAAAUCACAAAAGCUUCUCAAAUGAUCAAGCUUGAAAUAGAUCCACACGCUGCAUUUGCGUUGAUUAUCGAUGGAAAGACACUAACUUAUGCUUUGGAGGAUGAUAUAAAGCAUCAGUUUUUGAAUUUAGCCGUUGAUUGUGCUUCUGUUAUAUGUUGUCGCGUCUCCCCUAAGCAAAAAGCAAUGGUUACAAGAUUGGUCAAAGAAGGGACCGGGAAAACGACGUUAGCAAUUGGAGACGGUGCAAAUGACGUCGGAAUGAUUCAAGAAGCGGACAUCGGAGUCGGAAUCAGUGGGGUCGAGGGAAUGCAGGCUGUGAUGGCUAGCGACUUUUCCAUUGCACAGUUUCGGUUUCUUGAAAGGCUUCUAGUAGUACACGGUCACUGGUGCUAUAAAAGAAUCGCACAAAUGAUUUGCUAUUUUUUCUACAAAAACAUCGCGUUUGGACUCACGCUUUUCUACUUCGAGGCAUUCACCGGUUUCUCAGGGCAAUCGGUUUAUGAUGAUUGGUACAUGCUACUCUUCAAUGUCGUCCUCACAUCACUUCCCGUAAUCGCCCUCGGUGUUUUCGAACAAGACGUUUCUUCCGAAAUCUGCUUACAGUUUCCAGCAUUGUAUCAACAAGGACCACGAAACCUGUUUUUCGACUGGUACAGAAUCUUCGGGUGGAUGGGAAAUGGGCUUUACUGUUCCUUAAUCGUCUUCUUCCUCAACAUCAUCAUCUUCUAUGACCAAGCUUUCCGGGCAGGCGGGCAGACAGCCGACAUGACCGUGGUGGGGACCGCCAUGUUCACGUGCGUGAUCUAUGCGGUCAACUGCCAGAUCGCCCUCACAAUGUCACACUUCACUUGGAUACAACAUUUCCUAAUCGGUUUCAGUAUCAUCGCGUGGUAUGUGUUCUUGAUUCUAUACGGGAUGAUGUCUCCGGAACUUUCUGGAAACGCGUAUAAGAUCUUUGUGGAAGCGCUUGCACCCGCCCCGAUAUUUUGGUUGAGUACAUUGUUGGUGACAGUUGCGUGUAAUCUUCCGUAUUUGGCUCACAUUUCGUUUCAAAGAUCGUUUAAUCCGAUGGAUCAUCAUGUGAUUCAAGAGAUUAAAUAUUAUAAAAAAGACGUUGAAGAUCGACAUAUGUGGACUAGGGAAAGAUCCAAAGCUAGACAAGAAACAAAGAUCGGGUUUUCGGCUAGAGUGGAUGCAAAGAUUAGACAUUUGAGACAAAUGUUGCAGAAGAAAUCGUCUGUGUUGAGUCCUCGGGUUGCUUUGGCAGCUACAAGGGAGUAAUCAAUCUUCUUUUUUUUUUUUUUUGGGUUUUUGGGGUGAGGUUUCUUGAAAAUGUUUAUAAUUAUGUGUAGGGUUUCUUUGUUCAUCAUUUGUUGUUUUUGGGGAAUUACUGGUUUUUUUAUUCAUUCUUGAUAUAUGGAGAAAGUAUAGUGGCAUUUGUAUGUAGAUGGGUUGUUUUGUAGACAGUGGAAAAUGGUCAAUGUCUACAUGUGUUGACUUUUACAA